AUGUCCUCCACCUCCUCCUCCACCUCCACUUCCACAUCAACCUCGUCGUCUGAAAGCCGACCGGCCUUAAGCACAAAUAGUUCCAGUUCCUAUAGCAGCUCCAAAAGCAAAUGGGACACCGAAUACCUAGCAAUCCCCGGAGAGAAAGGACUUCCUCUAAGAUUCAUCGCAUAUGCCGCAGGCGCCUCGCUCCCAACCACAAUGAAGAAGAUGACAAGGAAGGAGAAGAGGCGCGGACAGAGUGCUUCCAUAUGGGACUUCUUUGGCCGCAACACGCAAUUAUUCUGGAUUGUACAGCCUGAGGAUCGUCGGGAACGCGGUCGAAGUAGGACUCCCCGUGGGAGAGAUGGACAGAAGAGCACCUCAGCGGCAUCGUCACCUGAUGUCAACUUUUUCCAUGAAGCAUAUUGA